UACAGAUCACGUGAACGCGCCAGGCAGGAAGUAUCUCGUGCGCGCACUCCCUUCGGCGGUGUGUUUUUUAUUUUUGUUCCAAACAAAGUGAGACUCACGCCGCAGAGGCCGAGUGACACCGGCCCGGACCGUUUUCUUUUUCCCCCCUAACCCUUGUCUCGUGUUCGGAUUUAUCAGAUAACGAGUUUAAAGUGAACAGAAAUGGGUCCCGGAUAAAUGACAGAAUCUUCCAGAAACACCGUGGACUACGGCGUUUCGGCCCCGCGGACGUGAAGGAGCUUAGCAGCCGGGAGAGACUGAAAGAGACGCCGGCCAUUGUGCGUGAGGAGCGGACAUUCAGCUCUCGCCCAGAUUUAAAGCCCCGUCCCCAUCCCUUAUCAGCCUUCCUGAUUCUGUUCUGGGAGAGUUCAGACCAGUAUCAUCGCCAAGAUAGCCGGGCCAGGCAGAAAGAGACACACCUCAGAUCCAGACCCCAGCAGCGGUAGUGAUUCCGGCGACGGACGGCCCGUUAGUGCCAAGUGCCUGAAGAUGGCCAGCAGCGGCGGCGGAGGAGGUGGUGAGACGGUGGGCCGUCGUGGCGGGGCUCAGCAGAGAGGAGGAGGUGGUGGUGGAGGCGGCGGUGGCGGUGACGGACGGGACAACAGCUCAGAGCUGUCGUCCAGUACCAGCAAGAAGAAGCAGAAGGACAGGGCCAACCAGGAGAGCAGAGAGGCCAAGAGGGCAGCUGCAGCAGUAGAUGGGGUUAUAGCAGAGGUCAAGAAAGAUGUGUUUGUGGACUGGAAGCAGAAUGUCAAUGAAGUGACUGUCAGGCUGCGCUGUGGGGAGGGCGUGCAGAGGAUAGAGGAUAUCAACACAACCUUCACUGACACACACUGCCACGUGUGCUUCCCCGAUGGACGGCAGUGGAGCUGCCAACUGCAGGAGGAAAUUGAGGCCUCAUGUAGCAGAGUUCAGUACAAGGAGAAGGGAGGAUUCCUGCACGUCAUCAUGCAGAAGAAGAUUCCCUUUCACAUCUGGCCUUCGCUUAAGUCAAACAAGAAGGAGAAGGAGGCAGCACCCCCAGAGACCAAAUAUGUCAAGGAGCUGGCCUUGGAUUCUUCGGAGAAAUCCAAACCGUCCUCCUCGCAGCCACACCUGCAACCCCAGCCUCCCUCCUCACCUGCGCCCGGCGAGUCAAAGCGCAGCGGGGGCAAAGGCGAGCGUGGCGCCAAGCGCUGCCUGAAAAACAAAGCGGCAUGCGACAAGGCCGCAACAGACUCUGUAGGGGGGAAAGGUGGAGCUGGAGACGGCUCAGCCACCACAGGCAAGCCCGCUACCGUCACGACAGGCGAACAGCAGCCUCAGGAACCCAGUGCCAAGCGCACCAUCGUACGGCCGCCCAAGACCACCAAGGAGGCCGCCUCACCAGCCGACAGGGGCGCGCACACUGUCAAGUCCACAGUAGCCAAUGGUAAAGCUCAACACACACAUGAGCCCGCUGGUCGGAGCCCACAGACACAACGCAGAGAUGGAGACAACCGAGCAGAGAGACUCAGCAGUGACCAGGAACAUAAAACUGCUGCCAGCCAUACCAACAAAACUCAGGUGGCAGAGAAGCGAAGCCAGUCGUCAGACGGAUCCGGAGCAACAGCACAUGGCAGCGACAGCCAACCAGCAGCUCCCGUCGGCACCAGUGACUGCUUCGACAAUGAGGCGCACUCCGCUUCACUGGAAACUGUGGGAGACAGAACUGACUCUGAGCCAGAGAAAAAGCCUGUUGAGCAGGAAUCAGAGCAGGAUACUCUGACCCGCCAGCAGCUUGAAUCAAGAGAGACAGGUCCAAUACCAGCUGCUGGAGUGCCUGCCAAACGAGGCGAGUCACCUGGACUAUCGCCGAGGCGGGGCAGCUGUGACGGAGAGGAGAAGCGGGACCAGUCGAAGGAGGAGCCUCCUCUGGAGUUAAAGCAACAGGAAGCCCCGGAGCCGAUGGUUAACCUGCAGUUUGUGAAGAACGAUUCAUACGAGAAGGGCACGGACCUGAUGGUGGUUAAUGUUUACAUGAAGGGGAUCUGCAGGGACACGGCCAGGGUCAUCUUCAGGGAACAGGACUUCACCCUCAUCUUCCAGACAAGCGAUACCAACUUUCUGCGGCUUCAUUCAGACUGCGGGCCGAACACGGUCUUCAAGUGGCAAGUCAAACUCAGGAACCUGAUCCAGCCUGAGCAGUGCAGCUACUCCUUCACCCCGUCCCGGCUGGACAUCACCCUGAAGAAGAGGCACAGCCAGCGCUGGGGGGGUCUGGAGGCCCCUGCCACACAAGGUGCAGUGGGUGGCGCCAAAGUUGCUGUGCCCUCCAGCCCUGGUUGCAUGGAGAAGAGCCAGCCAGGAAGCAGCCAGCACAGCCUGCCAGCCAAGGAGGAGCCUCCGAGGGUCGGGGAGGAGAAACCCAAGGCCCCUAAGGCUUCAUCCAGGGUGGAGGAUGGCGGUCUGGAUACUGUGGCUCCUCGCACCGUCUCUGAGCAUGUCACCAUCACCAAGACGGAGCCCGCUGUCACCACGCCUAAACCGACCUGCAUGGUGCAGCCCAUGACCCACGCACCUCCUGCCAGCAAUGAGCGGCACGAAGAAGAGGAGGAGAAGAAGGUGUGCCUGCCUGGUUUUACAGGAUUGGUCAACCUCGGCAACACCUGCUUUAUGAACAGUGUCAUCCAAUCCCUGUCCAACACCAGAGAACUCAGGGAUUACUUCCACGAUCGAGCAUUUGAGGCAGAAAUCAACUGCAAUAAUCCGCUGGGAACAGGAGGCAGGCUGGCCAUUGGCUUUGCCGUGCUGCUCAGGGCCCUUUGGAAAGGAACACACCACGCCUUCCAACCCUCGAAACUCAAGGCGAUUGUGGCCAGUAAAGCCAGUCAGUUUACAGGUUACGCCCAGCACGAUGCCCAGGAGUUCAUGGCUUUCUUGCUGGAUGGGCUCCACGAGGACUUGAACCGCAUCCAGAAUAAACCGUACACAGAGACGGUCGACUCUGACGGACGGCUGGAUGAGGUGGUGGCGGAGGAGGCGUGGCAGAGGCACAAGAUGAGAAAUGACUCCUUCAUAGUGGACCUCUUCCAAGGCCAGUUCAAAUCCAAGCUUGUCUGUCCCACAUGCUCCAAGGUGUCCAUCACCUUUGACCCAUUCCUCUACCUGCCUGUGCCCCUGCCCCAGAAACAAAAGGUGCUCUCAGUUUUCUACUUUGCGAAGGAACCUCAUAAAAAACCCAUCAAGUUUUUGGUGAGCGUGAGCAAGGAGAACUCCAGCACUGCUGAAGUCCUCGAAUCCAUCUCCAGGAGUGUCAGGAUCAAAGCAGAGAACCUCAGACUGGCAGAGGUGGGGAAGAACCGCUUCCAGCGCAUGUUCCUUCCGUCUCAUUCCCUGGACACAGUGUCCUCCUCAGACAUGCUGUUCUGCUUUGAGGUGCUUUCCAAAGACAUGGCCAAAGAGAGAGUGGUACUGCUCAGAGUGCAGCAGAGACUGCAGGUCCCUAACAUCCCCAUCUCAAAGUGUGCUGCCUGCAUGAAGCCUCCCGGGUCCGAGGAAGACAAGUUGAAGCGGUGCACUCGCUGCUAUCGCGUCGGCUACUGCAAUCAAGCGUGUCAGAGGACCCACUGGCCCAAUCACAAAGGUCUGUGUCGACCCAACACAGAGAGUGUGGGCCUCCCUUUCUUGGUCAGCGUGCCGGAGUCUCGACUCUCAUAUUCCCGCCUCACCCAGCUACUAGAGGGUUACUCCAGGUUUUCCGUCAACGUGUUCCAGCCUCCUUUCCAGUCAGGCAGGACGUCCCCCGAAACAUCCCAGUGCCGGGCUGACCUCCCCCCAGUGCCGGCAGGCUCACCUGAUGUGCCCAAGGAUGAGGCCAUGGGUGGUAGUGGUACUGUAGGAGCAGCUGAUGUGGAGCCAGAGAGCCCCUCUCUGCUGCCUGAAUCCCAGGCAGACUGCGCUCAGGCCUCAGCCCCCCACUCUGGAGAGUCCGAUUCCCUCUCCUCCUCCCAGACCUCACUCUCCACCACACGGACUACAGAUUCAGGAUUCUCUGAGCCAGUCUCCUCCAUGUCCUGCUCUCUGGAUCCUCAUGCUGAAAAAGAGACAUCGUGUGAGAAGGCAGUGCGGCCAGAGGCUGCAGUAACAGGCUAUCAGCAUCCAAGUGAGUCAGCAUCAGGUCAUGGCAGUCAGUUCUAUAUAGCUCUGCUGGACUCUGACAACAAGGAGCAGAGGCUGGACGAGAGAGAGGACCUGCUCGCCGACCUCCCUGAGGAUGCGACCCUGGAGCUGGUGUGGAAAAACAAAGAGCGUCUGAAGGAGUACGUGCUGGUGAGCUCCAAGGAGCUGGAGUAUGAGGAGGACCCCGGCUCCCUGAGCGAGACGGCCAGAGCGGGACACUUCACCCUGGAGCAGUGCCUCAACCUCUUCACAAAGCCAGAGGUGCUGGCACCAGAAGAGGCAUGGUACUGUCCAAAGUGCCAGCAACACCGAGAGGCCUCAAAACAACUGCUGCUGUGGCGGCUGCCCAACGUUUUGAUCAUCCAGCUCAAACGCUUCUCCUUCAGGAGUUUCAUCUGGAGGGAUAAGAUCAACGACAUGGUUGAUUUCCCCGUCAGGAAUCUGGAUCUGAGUAAUUUCUGUAUCGGCCAGAAGGACGAGAUGCAACAACCCCCCAUCUAUGACUUGUAUGCAGUCAUCAACCACUAUGGAGGAAUGAUAGGAGGCCACUACACGGCCUACGCUCGCCUGCCGAGUGACAAGAACAGCCAGCGCAGCGAUGUUGGCUGGCGUCUGUUUGAUGACAGCACCGUGACAAUGGUGGAGGAGAGUCAGGUGGUGACGCGCUACGCCUACGUCCUGUUCUACCGACGACGAAACUCCCCCGUGGAGAGGCCACCGCGCUUCCUCAGGCCCGUAGGAGCAGAGUCGCCCACCGCUGCAGGAGCUACUGCCAGCCAGGCCUCUAGCCAGUCACUAUUCGGGACAGACCUGGAUCCUGAAGGACCACCCACACUGACCCCAGAGGUUCCCUCUGACCUCUUCGCCCACUCUGGGGAGUGCACAGAGCCAUCCUACAGCAACAUGGAGGAGGUGGACUAGUCACCGUGAGGACUGAAGGAAAUCCAGAUCAGAGCUGGUGCCCGGUCCUGGGGAGCCGCUCCUCUCCUAAUGACUCAUCAUAAAUUACUCAGGCAUCUGAAUCCUGGUGUCAAACUAACGCCGCGGAGCUCGAAGAUCUGGAGGUGGUCCCUGAAGACUCCACUGCACUCACUUGUGAAAGACCUUCAGACGCACAUGUAGAUGUCUACUCAGUACUAACUACAUGCACACCAUUGAUAUACUCACAUUAAUAUACUCAUUCAUUGAUAACCCCUUAAACUGUUUAUGUAGAUAUAAUCAUGCAGUGCAUAUAGUCUCCCCCACACACACACAGAGGUAAUGCGGGAGCUCCUGUUAGCGGCUCAUUAUACGCUGCUGCUGCUGCAGGAGUUCAUCCUCAGCCACCUCACAGAGUUCAGCAGAGUGCCUGCCAGCCCCCAGCCCCCCUCCACGCACCAUGCACCUUCUGGUCUGGUUUCAAACUACAAACCUCACCUGCUGACCUUGACAUGUUAAUCUCCAGCUAACGCUUGGGCCCAUUAUUGAGGUUUGAGUGCAGAUUGUUGUAAUGUGCGUUAAAAUCCUUAUCUUUGUUGUUUUUGAGGUAUUGCCUGGUUUGAUUGGUUUGUGACAGGCUGUUGUGUAACUCGGAUUGGAAUUGUAGCAGCUAGCGGCUGAUGUAAAGAGAGAAAAGUGAGACGGGUGCUGACCUGCUGCUUUUUUUUUCUUUUCUUUAUUUUUUAAAUAAAUACAGAGGGCACACGCUUUUUCUGUCUUUUGUCGCUUUAUAAACUUCAUUUGGCUUCUGUUGCUGUAGCGUAUUCUUAUUUUUGUCAUUCUUUGUUUUUUUUGUACUCGUUUAGAUAUUCGAUCCUGUGGAUGCAAUCGUCAAAGGCUUCAGUACAAACUGAAAUGUGCAUGACUGCAUGUUCAUACAGGCUGUAACCCCCCAGCCCCUGUUAAAUACACCCCUCCUCCUCCAGCCCCUGAAACUUUGCUACAUUUCAUCAUUUCAGUUUUUGUGUGAGUUGUCCAGUCUUGCCCUGCCCCUCCUUUGUUAUGGACCGUAUAUAAAGAGGGGAUCAUUAAGAAUACUGCUGUGGAUACAUAUAAAUGGUUAAUAUAAAUAAAAACAAUUUUGGGAACUGCU